AUGGCCCCCAGCACCCGCCGCAACAGCGUCCUCGCAAAGAAGAUCGCGACCCUCCAGCUGCGCCUCGCACCCCUCGUGCCACUCCCUUCAGGCCCACCACAUCCAGCGUUUCCCAAGACACUCAUGGCCUUCCACCUCCUCACCGAAGACGAGCUCGACAGCAUAGCACACUACUACCACCAAAGCACACCCAGCAUCUGGUCCAACCACUACCCGAGCAACAUGAACUGGGACAAAGAAUUUCUCGCCAAGCCUCCACCACCACCACCGUCACCUACCUCGCCACAGUCAGGAGGAGUCGAGAAAUCACGCCGCCACAGCAGACGUCUGAGCCAGCAAGAGCAAGCCUGGAUCGAGGAUCUGAUGAAGACGGUGGAAGAUCUGCAGAACCCGAUCGUGCAGUCGCAGCCUGAGGGUUCUGCGGCGGCGAGCAAUCAGUAUGCGGGCUUGACGGACAAGGAGCGGAUACGGAUCAAGAGGCGCAAGGUUGGGAAGUUCAUUGGAUUGGUGGGUAUGGAGACGCCGGUGGAGGAGAUUGCGGGCAGGAUUCAGGCGAGUCUGGAUCGUGCGGUGGAGAGGAGCAGGGAAGAGUUGAGGAGGAAUGAGGAGGUGAUGCUGAGGAGGCGGAAGGCGGCUUGA